AUGGCUGAGAGCGUCUAUGAGAAUCUGCAGAGGGCUCAACUCGAGGGAAUAACUUUAAAGGAAGCAGCUCUUUCUCCUCCUCCUCCUUCCAAGAGAGCAACCUCCAUCUUCACCCUCUUAGCCAUGCUGGUUUUACUCCUGGCUGUUUUGCUCAUUGCAGUGACCGUCCUGUUUUUCCAGAAAGACAGGAAGCUGCAGGAACUCGAAGGACUCGCUCAGCAGUACAGCAUCAGCCUUCAUCUCUGCAACGUCUCCUAUGCCUCGCUGGAGAAAUCCAAGAGGAAUCUUCUGGGAUUGGUGUCUGCCGGCUGGAGGUUUUACAACGGGAGUUUCUACUUCUUUUCCCAAGAGUCUAAGCCCUGGCUGGAAGCUGAACAGGCCUGCAUAUCCCAUGGGGUGCACCUCACCUCUGUCACCUCCAGGGAAGAGAUGAAGUUUCUUGUCAGGGAGAGCAAAGGGAAUUUCUUUUGGAUUGGACUCACUGAUCGACAGGAAGAAGGCAACUGGACUUGGACAGAUGGCAGCACCUUCAACCACCAAGUGAGCUUCUGGGAUCAGAAACAACCUGAUAACUGGAAUUCAGCACCAGAGCAGCGAGAAGACUGUGUGCAUAUCCGGAACAAUAAGUUGCAAUCAUGGAAUGACCUCAGUUGUGGGGAAAAAAUAAGAUGGAUCUGCAAGAAGGUCAUCUCUUGAGCACAAGAAAAUCACAACUGCCUUGCUGGAUGAACCCACUGGAUCAGCUAAUCCAACAUUCUGCUUUCAAACGUGAUCGGCCACAGGCUUCCGACAGGACACAGACGCUAGCCAGUCCACAAAGGAACCU